GUGAAUUGUUGAGAAGUAGGAGAAGGCAAUGGCAACCCACUCCAGUACUCUUGGCUGGAAAAUCCCAUGGACGAGGAACCUGGAAAUGGUGCUCUUGCAGAACAUUCUGAAAAUGUGCAUAUUUCAGGAGUGUCAACUGCCUGUGGAGAAACUCCAGAACAGAUUCGAGCACCGAGUGGGAUAAUCACGAGCCCAGGCUGGCCUUCCGAAUAUCCUGCCAGAAUCAACUGUAGCUGGUUCAUAAGGGCAAACCCAGGGGAAAUCAUUACUAUAAGUUUUCAGGAUUUUGAUAUUCAAGGGUCCAGAAGAUGCAGUUUGGACUGGUUGACGAUAGAAACAUACAAGAAUAUUGAAAGCUACAGAGCCUGUGGUUCCACAAUCCCACCGCCGUACAUUUCUUCCCAAGACCACGUCUGGAUCAGGUUCCAUUCUGAUGACAGUAUCUCUAGGAAGGGUUUCAGGCUGGCAUACUUUUCAGGGAAAUCUGAAGAACCAAACUGUGCUUGUGACCAGUUUCGCUGUGGAAAUGGAAAGUGCAUACCAGCAGCCUGGAAAUGCAACAACAUGGAUGAAUGCGGAGACAGUUCUGAUGAAGAGAUCUGUGCCAGAGAAGCGAAUCCUCCAACAUCUGCCUCCUUCCAGCCCUGUGCUUACAACCAGUUCCAGUGUCUGUCUCGGUUUACCAAAGUCUACACCUGCCUACCCGAGUCUUUAAAAUGCGAUGGCAACAUUGACUGCCUUGACCUCGGAGAUGAGAUCGACUGUGAUGUGCCCACUUGUGGGCAGUGGUUAAAAUAUUUUUAUGGUACUUUUAAUUCUCCCAAUUAUCCAGACUUUUAUCCUCCCGGAAGCAAUUGCACCUGGUUAAUAGACACUGGUGAUCACCGCAAAGUCAUCUUACGCUUCACAGACUUUAAACUUGAUGGUACUGGUUAUGGUGAUUAUGUCAAAAUAUACGAUGGAUUAGAGGAAAAUCCGCACAAGCUUCUGCGUGUGUUGACCGCUUUUGAUUCUCACGCACCUCUCACUGUCGUGUCUUCUUCUGGACAGAUAAGGGUCCAUUUCUGUGCUGAUAAAGUCAAUGCGGCCAGGGGCUUUAAUGCUACUUACCAGGUAGAUGGCUUCUGUCUGCCGUGGGAGAUCCCCUGUGGAGGGAACUGGGGCUGCUACACCGAGCAGCAGCGCUGUGAUGGCUACUGGCAUUGCCCAAACGGGAGGGACGAGAUCAACUGUACCGUAUGCCAGAAGGAGGAGUUCCCAUGUUCCCGGAAUGGUGUCUGCUACCCUCGCUCCGACCGCUGCAACUACCAGAACCACUGCCCAAAUGGCUCCGAUGAAAAAAACUGCUUUUUUUGCCAGCCAGGAAAUUUUCAUUGUAAGAACAACCGGUGUGUGUUUGAAAGCUGGGUAUGUGACUCUCAGGACGACUGUGGCGAUGGCAGUGACGAGGAGAACUGCCCAGUGAUUGUGCCAACCCGGGUCAUCACUGCAGCCGUCAUAGGGAGCCUCAUCUGUGGCCUGCUGCUGGUCAUUGCCUUGGGGUGCACCUGUAAGCUUUAUUCUCUGAGAAUGUUUGAACGAAGAUCAUUCGAAACACAGUUGUCCAGAGUGGAAGCAGAACUGUUAAGAAGAGAAGCUCCUCCCUCUUAUGGACAAUUGAUCGCUCAGGGUUUAAUUCCACCAGUUGAAGAUUUUCCUGUUUGUUCACCUAAUCAGGCGUCUGUUUUGGAAAACCUGAGGCUGGCUGUACGGUCUCAGCUUGGAUUUACUUCCAUCAGGCUUCCUAUGGCAGGCAGAUCCAGCAACAUCUGGAAUCGUAUUUUUAAUUUUGCAAGGUCACGCCAUUCAGGGUCAUUGGCUCUGGUCUCAGCAGAUGGAGAUGAGGUUGUCCCUAGCCAGAGUGCCAGCAGAGAACCUGAAAGAAAUCAUACUCACAGAAGUCUGUUUUCCGUGGAGUCUGAUGACACAGACACAGAAAAUGAGAGAAGAGAUACAGCAGGAGCAUCGGGUGGGGUUGCAGCUCCUUUGCCCCAAAAAGUCCCUCCCACGACAGCUGUAGAAGCAACGGUGGGAGCAAGUGGAAGUUCCUCCACUCAGAGCACCCGAGGGGGUCACACAGAGACCGGACGGGAUGUGACCAGCGUGGAACCCCCCAGUGUAAGUCCAGCACGGCACCAGCUCACAAGUGCGCUAAGUCGAAUGACUCAGGGGCUACGUUGGGUACGUUUUACCUUAGGGCGAUCAAGCUCUGUGAAUCAGAACCAGAGCCCUUUGAGACAACUUGAUAAUGGGGUAAAUGGAAGAGAAGAAGAUGAUGAUGUUGAAAUGCUAAUUCCAGUUUCUGAAGGAGCUUCAGACUUUGACGUGAAUGACUGCUCCAGACCGCUUCUUGAUCUUGCCUCCGAUCAAGGGCAAGGGUUCAGACAACCGUAUAGUGGAACAAAUCCUGGAGUGAGGCCAAGUAGUCGUGACGGCCCUUGUGAGCGCUGUGGUAUCGUCCACACUGCCCAGAUCCCGGACUCUUGCUUAGAAGCAACGCUGAAAACUGAAACGAGUGAUGAUGAAGCUUUGUUACUUUGUUAGGUACAGAUCCCAUCAGGGAGCCUGGAUACAAGUUGGAGCAAUAUCCAUUCAUUGUUUUAUAACUUUGCAAUUAAACUAGUUUUCAUUUAAAAAGAAAAAAAAGAUGCAGGGUGAUUUCUUAUUAUCAUAUGUUAGCCUGCAUGGUUAAAUUAAACAACUGUAACUCUAUGAACUUUAGAGUUUACUAUUUUAGCAGCUGAAAAUGCAUUAUGUAUUCAGAUUGUUCAGUAAUGUUUUUCCAUUUGUUUCUAAUUGUUUUCAUUCCGGUACUGUGGUUAGCAGUAGAGAUAUGGCUGCUGAAACUCAUUUGAGUGUCAGUUUAUCUAUCCUAUGUUAAAAUAUUUCUUUGUCCAGAAUAAUACCUUCUUUUAAUUAAACCCUUUAUGCUUUUGCCAACACAUCUUGUAAGUUAAUACACUAGAUGUUAAGGUUGUUAAUAUAAAAAGUAAAAAUUCCGUAUGCUCAUCUAUUUUUAUUUAUAUAACAUUUGUCUAAGCAUUACUGUAUUUCAUCAUAACAUGAGCUUGUCAAAGGGAAAAAAAAACUUUGUCUAAAAUUUUUUCUCUCAUGUUUGACAUGGAAUGAUGUGAAAUUUAGAUAGUUAGAUAAAUUAAUGGCAAAAAAAACUUUUAUAGGUUUUCUAAUGUUGACUUUAAUAUUCUAUAUGGUACAAACCAAGUGGUAAAAAUCCCAAGUCAUUUCUUUUUCAUCUCUAUUUAAGGACAAAAUUAAGCAGAUGAAGAUAUUCUACUAUGCAUUAAAUCUUGAACUUUAUGUGUACAAAAACUGUACAAGAUAAGUUCCAACUGGUAAUGUCUUGCCCUGAUACAGGGUUAUGCUUGUAUUGGACCCUAGGGAUUUGCACUAAAAAUCAUAUUAAGGUCUCAGAUGAGUUUAGUGCAGAAGCACUAUCACUUUAAAUACUAUUAUUUGCUAUCAUGAUGACUAUAUUUCCAUAGCUUUUUUGGGGGGGUGAGGGGGCAUUUUUAUUACAACUUGAGGUUGCUUUGCUGGUUUCAUAUUUAUUUGUUGUAUUUAAAAAAGACUGCAUUCUUGUAAGAAAGUGAUUUUUUUCAAUAUAUUUUAUUCAUGAGGGGAGGAUCAUGCUACAUGAAAAGCAAAUUAAGAAGUCAUUCAGAUCCCCUCCCUUUUUAAAGUAAAGUGAAUUGCAAAACCCCGCAUAUUUUUUUAUUGUCAGUUCCCAUUUAUUUAUUCUUUAGCUGUCUGUUUUAGCAGCUUAAUGAUUGAGUAUGAAAAAUGUAUUUGUGUGUGAUUAUUGCUAUUUAUUAAAUUUUAAGUACUUUGCUGAAUGUCAUUUUAAAGCAUGUUUGCGGUCUUGU